AUGCACCGAAGCCAUCAACGUGCCAUGAACCUACACAACCGCGCCAGGAGAGGGCGGCACCACCGCGCAGCCCCACGACCACUGGACCAGAAUUCGUCGAGCAUCGAGACCCCGCUGCAAGCUGGGCACGGCGAGUUUCUAAUGAAGCUAGCAAUAGGAAAUCCCCCAACUUCCUUCAUGGCCAUCGUCGAUACAGCAAGCGAUCUAAUUUGGACUCCGUGCAGCCCUUGCACCCUUUGCCCCGACCUGCCCUCGACGGUUUUCGAUCCUCAGGGCUCGGCUUCCUACUCAAAGCUGCCUUGCUCGAGCCCAUCUUGCAGCGGCCUGCCCCACGUUUGCGACCCUUUAAGCGAUGGCUGCCAGUAUAUCUACAGGUAUGGAGAUCAGUCGACCACUAGCGGGUACCUGAGCUCGGAGACCUUCACACUGGGCUCCGCCUCAUUUGAGAACAUCGGCUUCGGCUGUGGCACCAUGAACUGGGGGUUCCAUGAGGGCGCCGGCUUGGUUGGUCUGAAUCGCGGACGGCUGUCGCUGAUCUCUCAGCUCGGCGCCUCCGUCGGCUACCAGUUCUCCUACUGUUUGAGUGGGCUCGAGGGUGGGAGUUCUGGUUCGAGUCGCCUGGUCUUCGGACCCAGCUCGGCCUUGACGAGCUCAUCCGUGGGUGCCAUCAAGUUGCCAUUAUUGAUCAACUCCAGAAAUCCGGAUUUCUACUUUGUGGAUUUGGAGGGCAUUAGCGUCGGAGGAAGGCGUCUGCCCAUUGAAGCUUCAACGUUUCAGUUCAAGCAGGGGGCACUGGUGGUGUCAGAAGUGAAGCAAGCAUUCAUCACAGCGAUCGGCCUGCCAGUUGCAGCUGGCCCAACCGCUGCAGGUUCCGGCCUCUGCUUCCAAGGCUUCGUCGACCCUUCGUCCAUCCCCACUCUCACGCUUCAUUUCAGUAGCGGUGAUUUCUGUGCGCCGCAGGAGAACUAUUUCAUUGUUGAAAAGGACAGUCGAUUGUCUUGCCUAGCGAUCAACGAGACGCCGAUGGGAAUGUCCAUCAUCGGAGCCUUCAUGCAGCAAAACGUCCACAUUCAUUACGACCUUGGAAACAACCUGAUCACUUUCACUCCUGCACAAUGUGAUCAAUUGUAG